CCUUCCAGCAGCAGCAGCAGCAGCAGCCGCCAAUAACUACGAGUGCUUCACUUCACCCCCGUUAAAACCACGCGGUACGGUGGUGCCUAUUUCUACUAUCACACUCGCUCCACCCUCGCUCGCCUCGCCACACGUCCACACUAACGGCUACACCGCAGCUGCAACUUUAGUAGCCUUGGCGUACGCGUUGAGACGAUGAAGGUGAGCUCCUCCGUGCCUGCGGCGGCGGCGGUGGCGGUGGCGGUGCUGCUGCUAUCGGCGGCGGCGACCGUGAGGCGGUGCGCGGGGCAGGCGCUGGUGCCGGGCGUGAUGAUCUUCGGCGACUCGGUGGUGGACGCCGGCAACAACAACCGGCUGGCCACGCUGGUGCGCGCCGACUUCCCGCCCUACGGCCGCGACUUCCCCUCCACACACGCCCCCACCGGCCGCUUCUGCAACGGCAAGCUCGCCACCGACUACACCGUGGAGAACCUCGGGUUCAGCUCGUACCCGCCGGCGUACCUGAGCGAGGAGGCGCAGAGCAACAACAAGAGCCUCCUCCACGGCGCCAACUUCGCCUCCGGUGCCGCCGGCUACCUCGACGCCACCGCCGCCCUCUACGGCGCGAUCUCGCUGAGCCGGCAGGUGGAGUACUUCCGGGAGUACCAGUCGAGGGUGGCCUCCUCGGCCGGCGCGCAGCGAGCGGCGGCGCUGACGUCGGGCUCCAUCUACGUGGUGAGCGCCGGCACCAGCGACUACGUGCAGAACUACUACGUGAACCCCAUGCUGAGCGCCACCUACACGCCCGACCAGUUCGCCGACGCGCUCAUGCAGCCCUUCACCUCCUUCGUCGAGAGCCUGUACGGUCUGGGGGCCCGGCGGAUCGGCGUGACGUCGCUGCCGCCGAUGGGGUGCCUCCCGGCGUCCGUCACUCUGUUCGGCGGCGGAAACGACGGCUGCGUGGAGCGCCUGAACAACGACUCCCUCGUCUUCAACCGGAAGCUCGGCUCGGCCGCGGACGCCGUGAAGCGGCGGCACUCGGACCUGAAGCUCGUCGUGUUCGACAUCUACCAGCCGCUGCUCGACCUCGUCAACAACCCCACCAACGCCGGGUUCUUCGAGUCGCGCCGGGCGUGCUGCGGGACGGGGACGAUCGAGACGUCGGUGCUGUGCCACCAGGGGGCGCCGGGGACGUGCACCAACGCCACGGGCUACGUCUUCUGGGACGGCUUCCACCCCACGGACGCGGCCAACAAGGUGCUCGCCGACGCGCUCCUCCUCCAGGGCCUCGAGCUCAUCUGAUGAGAGAUGCCGCCUUUCGUUCUAAUACCAACUGAGCCCAUCCGAUCCAUGUACCUUGCUUCUGUCAUUCUGUGCUGCUAGUUGCGUCUCUUGGCUUUUGCUUGCUUGCUUGGUGUGCAUGAUCUCAGCUUGACGUAGUGUUAUGUUACUCAGAAUGGUGUGGGUGUGCCGCUAUGUAUGAUUAUACUCGAUGUUUUUCACAAUCUGUGCCCUGGUAUUUCAUAUUCGGAGUGAUCGAUGUAGCAUAUUUCAAUUCAA